AUGUAUGGUGAAAAAUUGUCAGAGGAUAUGUUAAAGAAAUUGAAAUCUCUCAUUGCUAAAUUGUUUGAGCACUAUUUAUUUUUGUAUCCUGUUUCUCAUGAUGGUGGUUCCAAUGCCUCAUCUUCAAACAUUGCCUCUCAUUCUAGAAUUGAAAAUGGUGAAGACGAUGAAGAUUGGGACAAUUUGUUUAGAAUGAAUAUGAAGAAAAAACAUUGUGAAGUGCAAAAAAAUGAGUUGGAAGGGUAUUUGGAGGAUGGUGUUGAAGAUGAUUCUCCUACAUUUAAUAUUCUCACUUGGUGGAAAGGAAAAACAAAUAAAUAUCAUGUGCUUUCCCGCAUAGCUAGAGAUAUAUUGGCUAUCCCUGUAUCCACUGUAUCUUCUGAAUCCGCUUUUAGUACAGGAGGUCGUGUCCUUGAUUCAUUUCGUAGUUCCUUGAAUCCCUCUACCGUUGAAGCUUUGAUUUGUACUCAAAAUUGGAUCAAAUCUCCUAAGGUCAUUGAUUUAGAAAAAGAGUUGGUUGAAUUGGAAAAGGUUGAGUCAGAGUUAGCUGGAUUAGUUUCUAUUGAUGUUGGAAUUACUGCGGUUGAGCUCAAUACAACUGUUACUACUAGAUUUUAA